AUGUCCAUCCAACCCCGACCCCCGAUCCCACCCAUCACCGCCACCCCCUCCACCCAACUCGUCGAAUCCUUUCUCAACCAAUCCCUCACCGUCCUCAUCGCGUCCGAUGCGCGUCUACUGAUCGGUUACUUCACCUGCCUCGACCAACAAGGUAAUCUCGUACUCGACAACACGUACGAAUACCCUGCUGCGAAGGACGAACAAGAAGAGGAAGGGGUCUUGCCUUUGAAUCGAUUGGCGAGUCAAGAAGGACGGUCCGUCGGUAUGGUGUUGGUGCCUAGGAAGGAAUGGAAGGGGGUGUGGUUGUAUACGGGCGAACAGACCGCAGAGAAAGAGCAGGAAAACACUACCCUCUCGAACGACGCCUACAUCUGA